AUGGCUGAUCAGUUAGUAACAAUUAAUACGUCAAAAUCAGCACUCUACAAUGCCGGAAUAACACAAAAUUACCUUCAAGAAAAGGCACAAGAUUUGGGAAUCCCGAUUGAGCAACUCCCUAUCCGUUACUUGGGUCUACCUCUCACCACUAGACUUGACUGCGAGCCGUUAAUUGAUAAAAUCAGAUCGCGACUGCUUGGGGAUGGAGGAACUCGUGUGUUUGGUGUACGACGAGAUGCAAAGGUCUCUGAAGCUGGAAAUGAAAAUGGUUGGAGCUUCCGCCAUUGUCGCGGUGCCUAUCUCCAAGAUAUCCUUCGAAAGAUAUGUGAAACUCCACCACCUAAUGUUGAGGCUGGAGAGGAUCGCAUCUUAUGGAAGCGAGAGCAACACGAAUAUAAAGGUGAUUUCUCUACCAAACAUACUUGGAAUUUGGUUAGGUCCUCUCGCCGCCAGAUCGAUUGGUAUCGACUUGUGUGGUUCCGUCAGACUGUCCCUCAUCAAGCUUUCAUUACAUGGCUUGCAUUUCGUGAUCGUCUCGCCACUAGUGCUCGGACCAGAGCUUGGGGUAUUGAUCAGCCAUGUGUUUUCUGUGGUGAACUAAAUGAGACAAGAGAGCACCUCUUUUUUGCGUGUCCAUAUUCGUUUACCGUCUGGUCUAAGUUAUGUGCGACACUCCUUCGAUCGAGACUUAACCCGGACUGGCAGCUCACGAUUAACUCUCUCCUUCGAAACCGGCUGAACAAAACCGACUCUCUAUUAGAUAUCACUAAUCUCAUCUUAUCUCUUCGAGAAGAUCGUGAGGCUCCCACCGAAGACGGUAUUCUAGACCAAUGGAAUAGUGUAUGCGCCUUCUAA